GUGAAUCCCGUUUUAAAGCGUCGAGUUUAUUCUAUAAAUAGCCAUCUCGAGUUCAAAGACAUUCACCUUUAUUCUUCCUCUCGUGUUUUUCUCCCUCCGAAGUUCCUCCUCGCAGAGGUCAGGGUUGCAUCUGUUAAACAAACAGACAUGGAUAUAGAUUUAUCAGAGAAUCAAGAUAUGAUUUUUCAACCACUUUCAGCUGAACAAAUUGCUAUCAACGAGAAGAAAAUGAACAUGACUUUGGAUGAUAUUAUCAAGAUCUCCAGAAAAACUGCUGGCUCUGACCCCAGAAAACCAAGGCCAUAUUUGAACAAAAGGAAGAACGUUCCAGCUGUUGGUGGGAAUUUUUCCAAUGUAUGUAGUUUUAGGGAAUCUAAAUCAUCUAUGAAUCCCAACAGAAGGGACAAGUUUCCAACUGCUGGUGCUCCUUUAGGGAGGAAUUCUACAAGUGUUUGGAGUCGUUUGAAGGUUUCUAAACCUUCUGUCAGACAGGGUUUGCCUUCUCAAAGAUACCUAAACCUCCGAGACAACCAGUAUAUCAUAAGGGGGACUGCCACUAAUGUGCAACCAGCUACAACUCGUACCAGGCCUCUAUUUCGCAACAAGAUGCUUAAUUUGAGCAACUCAAGGGCUGGGAUUACACCUGUUCAGGAAAGAAGAUUUGCUGAAAAGAAGCAGAAAUGGAUGAAAUUGCAGAAGCAGGGUUACAGCUCUCAGAAAUUCGGCGCUUUUUGUGCUUAUGCCGAUGCAGGGAAGAAGGUCGUGCCUCAUUCCAUGGAAUAUUACGACUACUGAAGUGUUGGUGGCGGGGCAACAAAAAUUCAUCUUCAACAGCCAGACUAGAUAUAAAACAAGAAAAGAAAAAGAACUUCAUAGAGUAGUUUUGCUAGAUUCGUUUAAUAUGUUCGAAUUCUAUUUGCAGUCUCAUUUCUUGUGUAAAAUUCGUUUAAUACUUCAACGUAUAUAAAAUUCCAGAAAUUCAGAUCA